CUUUUAUCCUCUGCUCUGGAAUAAGACUCUCAUUUCUUUCCCUCUAUUACUAUAAUUUCCUGAUUUAGUAUCUUCGCCUUCAGCAUUACGUUAUUACGGGCAUCCCUUAAUAAUAUCAGAAGUCGUAGCAGGCUCACCUAGUGAGGUUAAAGAGAAAAAAGCAUUCCCAAUCUGUACCUCCGGACCCCUUGCAGGGACUACACUACAUCAACCUGUCGGCUUCAUCAAGUUUAAACCAUGGCGGACGAACAGACACCUCAUGAUUUUGACAAUUUCCCGUCUGGUCUGGCCGGGAAACGUAUCCUGCUAUGCACUGAGAGCCUUGGCCCUGUGAACGGCGUGUCGCGCACCACCAAGAUGCUGGUGGAUCAACUCCGAUCUAACGAGGUAAUCGUCUCGGUAGUUGCGCCGUAUAACCACACCAAAAUAAACACAUUUAACCCGAUUAGCCCUUCUAGCAACGUCAACUCGUUGUAUCAGGAAGAAGUACGGCUAGCAGGGUAUCCUCUGCCUUUCAACCCCGAACUCUCAGUGGCAUAUCCUGUACGGCUUUCUGAGAUAUACAGGCGGACAUUUGGGGGGCCUCCAGACCUAAUCUACUUGGCCAGUCCAGCAUCUUUAGGAUUCCAGGUGAUGCUGCAGAUGCGGCAGUAUGCGAAGGAGCUGCAAGUGCCUGUCAUAUGCAAUUUUCAGACCGACCUAGCAAGAUACUGCUCUGUUCUGUUUCCUUGGCCGCUAGGCGGGAUGGCGAAUCGAACCUUUGGCUUAGUCGAAGGUAACCUCUUUCGUGACUCUUCCGUGAAGACCAUUUUCUACCCGAGCACAUCCGUCAAAAAGUAUCUAGACAAAGACGCAAACGUGCCAACUAACAAAAUGGAGGUUUUGAGACGGGGAGUCAACACCAAGGACUUCGAUCCGGCCAAGAAAAGCUUGGCGUUGAGAAAAGAAUGGGCACCAAAUGGGGAGCUUAUCCUAUUCACCUGUUCGCGAAUAGCGGGCGAGAAGGGAUUCGGGUUCCUUGCACAGGUAGCCAAGGAGCUGGAUAAGGAAGGGUUGGACUUCAAACUCGUCAUCGUCGGCGGAAAUCGUAACCCAGUCGUCUUCCAAGAAGUAAAAGAUAUGUUCGGCUCGCUGAACGAGAAAGGCAAGGUUAUCUUCCCUGGCUUCAAGGUUGGAGAAGAUCUGAUGGUUCAUUACGCCUCAGCGGAUAUCUUCCUGCAUUGCUCCAUCACCGAGACAUUUGGACUGGUAGUCUUGGAGGCGAUGGCGAGCGGCGUGCCGGUGAUUGCACGGGACCAGGGUGGACCAAGCGAUACUAUCGAGCAAGGAAAGACCGGGUUUCUCAUCCCACCCGAUGACUUGGAUGGUUUCGUACGGAAGACGAUGUUGCUUGGUCGGGACUCGAGACUCCGCGAACAGUUUGCUCUAGCCGGCCGCGCGUUUGCAUGCGAAGCCACGUGGGAGAGGAUCAGCAACAAGGCCGCCUGGCAGAUGUUUGACACUAUCGAGCAGUUUAAACAGGACAAACAGUCAGGCAUCUCGACAACGCAGGCGCCCAGCGUUGGCUGGCUACCCCUCAGCGCUCCUGCGAGACGAUUUCUCCUCCCUAAGAUCAUUACAGCGAAGAUAGCCUUUUCCCUCUCUAUCAUUUUCGGGUUCUGGACGAUUGUUGGUACUUAUCUCGUCUUCACAGAUAUCGGACAUCUGUUCAAGACCCAUACGCCGCGGGCCUCUACGCUGAAAAGGUCCGUAAGUCAUUGGAUAAAGGGCUGAAUAUUACGACUGGAGGGUUCUAUGUUGGGGUUACAAACAACCUUUUCGACUUGAAUAGCGUUCACAACUCCCCCUGAAUAGCUUGCUUUCCUUUUAUACCCAGUUUAUUAUACCGCAUCAUUUAUUUUAUUGCUCGAGCGAGUAGUCGUAUGCACC